UUAUAUUAGCACAGCGAAAAGGAUUAAGGGUUACGAUAGGUUAGAAUAGAAGAAUAAUUAGCUUAUCUACUUUGUUUUUCUCAGCGCGGUUAUGUCUCUUUGGUGCGGAAUAUCGAAAAACAGAUGAAAAAAUGUUUGACAUGACGCUGGAAAGUUUGUCAGUUCUUCGUUAACCAUUAUUAUAAUAUCCUAACCUCAAAUCAAACUGUCACAUAAGUUGGUAUCUAUGGCAGACCUACCAUUUAAAUUGAACGUUGAAUGUCAUGGUUAACGAAGAAGGCCUUGUUGUUUAUAAUAACAAGAUAAUCUAGUCCAGAGUAAUAUAUUAUUCGAUGGAUACCUUGGAUUUAGUAGCAGAAGAGUUAGGGAUUCCUCCAAGGUAUAUUAAAACUACAACCUCGAAGGAUAGAGUGGUUAUAGUCGUCCAUAAAACCUGGCUAAAGUCAUUGUUGAGAACUCAUCAGAUUCCAGAAUUUAUUUAUCAUGAAUCACUUAGUCCAGAUGAGGUAGAAGCAUGGUUACACCAGGGAGAAGAGCUUGGCCACUCAUGGCAGAGGCUUUUUGUCAGAGUUUUACUAAAGCACAAUAAAAAGGUUAUUCCUUUGCCCCGAGCUAGAGCUGUUUCAUCAAGAGUUGAACCUGAACUUACUUUUUCUCAGUUACUCCAUUAUGUAUCACAAACCAAUCACAAGAAUCUUUGGAAAGAGGCUUUCAAGAAAUACCUCAAUGGAAACAUGUCUGCUGAUGGGAAAGGACUCCCGCAUAUCAGCCUUGUUAAGUAUGAUACAGUGGUGCAAGAUAUCAUCACUCGUACGUUUGGCUGUCCGAUAAUAAACAUGAAUCACAGUAUCAAUGACACAGCUUCCGCUGAUGUGAAAGUGAAAGUGUAUGAGGCCCACUAUAAUGUUUUGCCAGCCAUGUGUGCACUGGAAAUGGACACUUGCUUUCUUGUCAUUCAGCAACCUUAUAUCUGCCAUACACUCCAAGACUGUGUAACCUUCAGUCCAGCCAUGUUGGGUACUUCUCAUGCUAAGCCUUUGUUUAUUAUCUAUCAGCUUCUUCAGGCCAUGAGGACCAUGCAUGACCGUGGGUUAGUGCUUGGAGAUGUUAUCCUGAAUGACAUUUUGGUGACAGAGAAUUUAUGGAUCCAGAUAAUGCCACAGCUGGAAGACAAUAUUCAUGAGAAACCAAAGACUGACAGAAAUAAAACAUCAAUCAAUUCCAUGACAACAUUUUCCAAGACAAGGGACCAAACCAAAGAAGCUGAAGAGGAACUCGAGGAGGAGGAGGAGGAGGAGGAAGAAGAGGAAGGGGAAGAUGAUGACUUGGAUGAUAUAUUAAAAGUAAAGAAGUUCAGUUAUUUAAAAUCUUCUUUUAACAGGCAUCUAAGUGAAUUAAAUACUCAUUCCUCUCCCAUGAUAUCACUGAACCAUACACAAGAGUUAUUAUCUGUAGAGUGCCAGAAUUUAACUCCUUCCUUAUACAUUGACAGACAUUCCAAGGUUGAACCAGAAACAAGAUGGAGCAAUUCAAAUAGUUUUCACAAGGACACAAAGACCUUAAAUGACAUUCGAAGCAGCUACCUGAGGACCCUUGGUGUUAUUCCAGGAAAUCACAGAUUUUCUAAGAACAGAUUACAAGAUAGUGAAAUAAAGGGUUGUUGUAGUGGAGCUGAUAUCAACGAAGUGACAGAUUUGGAACAGCUAUGCAAGAUGUGGGUGUAUGGUCAACUUUCCAACUUUGACUAUCUCACAGCUCUUAAUCGUCUUGCUGGUCGGAGGUUUGGCGACCCUACGUGUCAUCAUGUCAUGCCUUGGGUCACUGACUUUUCUUCACGUUCUGGGUUCAACUGGCGGGAUCUUUCAAGAUCUAAGUUCCGUCUUAAUAAAGGAGAUCGACAGUUAGAUCUGACAUAUGACACUGCUGCAGGAGCUUCUCAGGUUCCACAUCAUGUGUCAGAUGUUCUGUCUGAGAUAACCUACUAUGUAUACAUGUCACGUCGAACACCACGCUCAGUGCUGUGCAAGUAUGUCCGCACCAAUUGGGUGCCAGCUGAGUAUCCAUCAUCUGUUCAGCGCUUGCAGGAGUGGACGCCCGAUGAAUGCAUUCCAGAGUUCUUCACUGACCCUACAGUAUUUGAGUCUGUACAUGAAGAUUUACCAGAUCUUGAGAUUCCACUGUGGGCCUCAUCGAUACAGGACUUCAUUGACAAGCAUCGGGAAGCUCUGGAGAGUACCCAUGUGUCCGAGAGACUGCAUCACUGGAUAGAUCUCACAUUUGGCUACAAGUUGUCUGGAAAUGCUGCAGUGAAAUCCAAGAAUGUUUGUCUGCAGUUGGUAGACAGCCAUACAACACUGACCAAUACAGGAGUGGUUCAACUAUUUAUUCAACCACAUCCACAGAGAUGCAUGCCAUCACCUUUCUGGGGAAAGACACCUCCAAAACUCCACCCUCCUCCACAAGACAGAAAAAAACCAUCUGAACGUGUCAGUGAAGAUGAGGGUCACAGUUCAGGUUUUGAGGAAGAGGAAUCAGCAACAUCACAGGGACAGUCAAGAUCGUCACCACUUGCACUCACUCGUCUUCUCAGUCGAUCCCGCGGUUCCCUGCUGACUCCAUUUCCUUCACAGUCAGCAGAUGAAAGUGCAGUGAGGGAUCGGCCAAAUGAACAGCAGAAGUCUGGUGUAAGUGGUUGUGCAGCACCGACGAUUGUCCUGCCAAAGGAAUACAAUCCUGCAGCUGCUUUACAAGCUGUGGAGCAACUGCAUGGUUUCCUGAGCAAAACUUUGUAUUGUGAUUCCAAGUCACCACUCCAUCAGAGUCAGCAUCAGGUGGCAGCUGCCAGCAUUAACUACAAGCAAGUUGUUGCUGGACGUAGGAUUCGUGAAAUGCAGGUCUUGGGUUGUCUAGUUAUUGAGUUGUUCCUAGCACCAAAACUUCGACCUCUUGGAAAUAAUGGCUCAUUUUCUUUUGAUCAACGUCUAAGGACCUGUCUGUCAGUACUUGUUCGAUCUGGAGAAAGUCUGCCUCACUGUGUGCGACAAGCCAUUUCUCUUCUACUCCAAGUAGACUUGAAUCCAACAUUAUGCAGUGAGGAAGAGAAUCCCACAGCUGAAACAAGGGAAGAUGUAGCACAAAGCUCUGAAUCAUCCACAAGAGUCAUUCAGCCUUUCCGUUACCCUACUGUGACUCCUCAGGGCUUGCCUCCACCUUCUGCACAUCAGCUUCUUCAACCACUCAUCUCCUCAGCUGUUUUCCCCUUUCCACGUUACUUUACCAGAACAUACGCCCUGCUCCAAACACUGCAUGAGUAUUCAAACAUGACAAGAGAACUUAGUUUGGCGUGCUUUGUAAGUGAGGAUGAAAAUGCUUGUGUGAAAAGUGAGGCAGACAGUAAGAAAGUGAUAUUCCUUGCUAAGAUAAGUGAAUGUAAAGUGAAAACAGCAGCCAGAGAACUGUCAGCCCUUCUCCCACAAAUGCAUUCUGCCUCACCAGAAGGUCUAGACCUUAUACUACCUUAUGUGAGAGAGUUAUUGGAGGAUCCAUCAACUUCUGUUCUUGCAGCAUGGCAUUUAUUUGACCCAGUGGCAAAAGCAUUGGGACCUCAGAAAACAGCUACAACAUUACUAGAACCCAUAGUUAAACUUUAUGAUUAUGCAGCAAAUGAUGAUAAUGGCCUAGUUUCCUCAGAUGGAGGUAACAGACAUGUUAAAUUAUAUCAUCGCAGCUUCCUUCUUCAGCUGAUAGUUCGUCUUGGUCUUAGAGUAUUCCUUGACAACUUCACGGCUCCACUUGUGGAAGCUGUUGGUGGCUACAGGGAUCUUCCACAGUUAAACCAUAGUCAACUUCAUGACAGAUCAGAGUUUCGCCAUAAGGCCUCUCACCUCAAGAGUUGUGAACUGGAGGAAGGUGCCCAUGAAGGUGGAGGCAUUCUCUCACCUCUGGACGAAGACUCAUCAGCAGACUCAGAUCACAAUAACCCAAAUGGUAGUGUUGAGAGGAAAGAGAAGGAUAAAGGUGAAGAAGAAGAAGACUCUGAUGCAGAAAUUGAGCCAGAAGUGUUUGUGUUUGAGACAGAGGAGAAUGGCAAAUCAUCACCUGCAGGUGAGGAACAAGCUCCUUUGUAUCAUAUUAUGGAUCAUCUUGACCUAAAUUUGCCACAGAUAGCUGGAGAAAUGGAUGAUAACAGUUCUUUGGAAUUGCAAGGUGAUGAUGAUCCCAAUACCUUACCAGAAGAGGAAGUGGAUGAUGUAGAAACAGUUCAGGCUGAACAGUCUCCUCUUGGCAGUGAACCGAAGUCCCCUGGGCAUGGUAUGGCAACUGGUACCUCUUCUCAGAGGAGCAAAGACUUGGGAGGUGCUUUUGAAGCUGGGAGAAGUAACACAGAUAGUAGUUUCAUACAUGGAGAGGGGUGUAUACACAGGGAUGACAAGGCUCGAAAAUUAACGUCACAUUGCAAGGUAUCAGAUAUGAGUGUGGAUUCUGUUGUGUGGCUGUCCCAUCGUUUGGGACCUGUUCUCACAGCACGUCAUCUGUCUCGGAAUCUGCUACGCAUGUUGACACUCUGCUACCUAGGUCGGGAAAAUCUUUCUCCUCCGCUGUCUGAUGAGAAUGCUUGCCAGGAUAAUCUUGAUGUUCCCACAAUUAGUAUCUACAAAGGAGCAGUAAUUGGAGACCAAAAUGCAAUCAAAGUAUUGGAAUGCCUUGCCUCAAUUGCAGCCUUGUAUGGGGAGCAGUUGAUUCUGUUGCAGUAUUUGCCCCACAUUGGAGAAUUGAUUGCACUUUGCAAGAGGAAGUUGACAGCAAAUCUAGAAGGAGGGCUGGUGGGGUGCCUUGCCCUACUCAAGCACAUUAUUCCAUAUUUGUGUGAUGCUACACUGAUGGAUCAGCUGCAGGAUGUGAUGCUGAAAACAAUCCUACAUCCAGCAAUCCGCCUGGUGUCUACAACACGGUUUGUGUUCCCAUCAGGCUGCAUUGCCCGUAAAGCUGUCACAGCCAAGUUUGUGGAUGCUCUGUAUGUUCUGGCCCUCCGCAUUGGCUGUGAGAUGACUAGGCGCCAUUUGGCUGUUCCUUCACUACAGAGAUUCUUCCUUACAUUUGAUAAAGCAUUUGGCAUAUCACACAACCAACAUGUUGAAGAUGUUAAUGUUAUUGCUGGCAAGGAAAGUGAAGGCAGGAAGGACAGUCCCCUAAGAUCUUUGGAAGAGAGUAAUUAUGUAGAGAUUCGACGAGAUGGCACCACUGCUGAAUGGGCUGUGAAAGGAAUGCCAGUGCAGAUUUCACAUGUGAGAGUACGUGAAAGUGACUGUGCAGACUCAUUUUCCCCUCCACCCUUGAUUGGUUCAGAAGGAGAAAACCCUCAUGACCAAAUAAAAAACAAGGCUGUUGAAGAAUUGAAGCAAGUGUUCACAGCAGAGCUGGCGCAUAUGACAUACCUACCAUUCUUCAGGUUCCUUGGUGAAAGCGUUAUGGAUGCUUCACUCAAGAAUCAUGAUUUUGUGCGGGACUUGUGCUAUAAAUAUGAGCAAGAGAUGCAGUCGUUACACCCUAGAGGGGGCCCUAUUAAUGUAUUGUACCUCUCUGACUAUCUUAGCCCUGGAGAGCAGGGAGACCCUGACAUGGCUACAGGCUCUGGUAGUUUUGGUAGUAAUGUUGCAGUUGUUGGUAACAGAAUUGACUUGCAGAGAACAGAGAUAUCUUCAUUACAGUUUCUCCCUUCUGGUAGUCCCAAUGUUCAAGCACCACAUGGAGAUGUAAUGGCUCUCAUCAGCAGAAAAAUGGAAAAUACUAAUAGGCAUCUUCAUGGGAACUGGCUUGCUUAUUGGGAACAUGAGAUUGGACGUGCUGAGAAGGACACACGUUUCAAUUUCAAACAGAUCAAGCUGCAGACAUUCUCAGGCCAUACAAAUAGUGUGCGGGCUGUUCUUGCUCUUGACAAUGAAAACAGUUUCAUGAGUGGAAGUCGUGAUAAGACAGUCAAACUCUGGUCUUUGCGUAGUCAGGGUGAUGGAAGUUCUGUGACACAGUGCCAGUGGACCUACUCAGGUCAUCGUAAAACAGUACUUGCCAUCACAUUCCUGGAGUCGUUGCGUCUGGCUGCAUCCUGUGACUCUGUGGUGCACCUGUGGGAUCCAUUUAUGGGCUGUGUGGUGGCACAGUUGGACUCUGCUCGCAACCCACCCAUCACUGUCCUGCGGGCCAUGCCACCUCCCAGCACGUCACUCAUGGCUGCAACCAAUGAUGCUACCCUCCGGCUCUUGGAUGCCCGCGCAUGCUCAUUUGUCAAUGAGCUUAAGGUUUCACUGAGCCCAGCUGGGCUAAUACGUUGCAUAGCAGUGGGUCCCAGUGGACUCUGGGUGGCUGUGGGACAGUCGUCUGGCUAUCUCACAAUCCUAGACAUACGUACAGGGAUGGUAGUGGCGUCAUGGAAAGGGCACGAGGGAGAGGUAUUGCAGCUGGUGGCGGCAAGUGAUAAUACUCUGGUGAGCUCGUCCUUAGAUCAGACUGUGUCUGCUUGGGCAGCUGCUGACGGAAAACUCAGUUUCCACAUGAAGGGCCCAACAGAGCCUGUACACUGCAUGUCUGGGUAUGGCUCUGAGUUGAUAUCAGGGACAACUGCCAAUCGGAUAGGUGUCCACACAGCUGUAGAUGCUCAUGCUUCUUUUUCAUCUACACGUUUACGCUCAGAUACCUUCAAGGGGGUUUUGACAGCAAUGGCGGUUCUUCCCCUGAACCGACUGCUGCUUCUGGGUGCUGACACUGGCAACAUAAGCCUGCUCUGCUGAUCCCCCAACCUACUUUCUUGUAAGAUUAUGUUCACCAGAUACAGUAUUAGGCAAGACACAUACUUAAUUUUCUUGAUAUAAACAUGUGGAAUGCUUCCAGUUUACUAUCAUAUGAAUGCUGCAUGUAACAUUGCAGAACUUCCACAGAAUAAAUUAAAAUAUUACAAGAUUAUAAUGUAUGUACAGAUUGAAGAUAACAUUGUCUCUCUCUAAGAUCAUAUACAAUGAAUAUAAUGAAAGAAUUAUUUUUAUCAACGACAGUUUUUAAUCUUAUAUAUUUUCUCGCUACUGUCCUAUUUUGAUACAAGUGCAGAUAUCUUUUACUUUAUAUAUAUCAUUUUUGCAACAUAUUAAACUUACCACUUACAUUAAAGUAUACAAUAGGGUCUAAUAAUCGCCAUAAUUAUGUGGAAUGUUCUACUUUUUUACUUAGUCCUAUGGAGGAUCCCUGUAACAGGCCGUGGAGGCCCAUAGGAUUGUGACAUAGAGGUUCACACAUUUUCUAGACAGUUAGCUCAC